AUGAAAUCAAUAAUAGAACCUUUGCCGAUUGGAAAAAUUCUGGGUAGUGUUGCACAAUACAGUGUCGCUUAUUGUACGGCAGUGGGACAAAUAUCAGCUGAUUUGUUGUUGUGUGUCGCAGCCACACAGUUGCUGAUGCAUUAUGAUUAUAUAGCCCAUUGCAUUGAGACCUAUAGAAUUAAAUCCAAAAUGGUGACUAAUGGCGUUAAACAUGAUAUGGAGUUUCUAAGAAACAUCAUCAUUUACCACGAAAAGCUGUUAAGUCUGUCUGAUAUGUUGAAUGACGUCUUUGGUGUACCCCUGUUGGUAAAUUUUAUGUCAUCGGCUUGCCUGAUGUGUUUUUUAGGAUUCCAAUUAACAACUGGAGUUAGCACAGAAAUAUUACUUAAAUUACUUUUAUUUUUAUUUUCCUCUUCAGCGCAGGCCUAUCUUAUCUGUUAUUUUGGACAGAAACUGUUAGAAGCAAGUGCCGGAAUUUCUAAUGCAGUUUAUAUACAUAAUUGGUUUGAAGCUGAUUUGAAAUAUAAAAAAAUGUUGGUUCAAAUGGCUAGACGGGCUCAGAGACCUGCUGUGCUUAAAGCUACUGUGUUAAUUAAUAUCUCUAACGUAACUAUGACGGAUUUACUUCAAAUAUCUUAUAAAUUUUUUGCUCUAUUGCGCACUAUGUAUAAUUAG